ACAAGCUGUUGAAGGCUGAUGGUACGUUGGCCAAAUGCCCAGAUUUGAAAGCACCAUCCAAAUUGGCAAGCUGCAAGACCUUAUCCACCGCAGUAAAAUGGCCAGAUGUAGAGGACGGUUUGUCUGCCCCGUUAUCCUCUACAAGGGAAAGCAUAUAUGCCGAUCAGCCACACUGGCAGGAUGGGGAGAGCUUUAUGGGCGCACAGGAUACAACUACAUUUUCUCAGGUGGUUCAGAUGAUGCCUGGGCAGAUACAGAAGACUUGUCGGAAGAGGACUCUGCUUUCAGAAAUGCAGACUCACAACUCUUUGACAAAGUCCGAGGUCACGACAUCAAGCUCUUGCGGUAUCUGUCGGUUGCAUACAUCUGUGACUUGAUGGUGGAGAACAAAAAAGUAAAGUUUGGCCUGAAUGUGACUUCUUCUGAGAAAGUGGAUAAAGCCCAGCGCUAUGCUGACUUCACUCUCCUUUCUAUCCCGUACCCAGGCUGCGAAUUUUUCAAGGAGUACAAAGAGCGCGAUUACACAGCAGAAGGACUGGUUUUUAACUGGAAGCAGGAUUAUGUAGAUGCUCCCCUAAGUAUCCCAGUCUCUCUUACCCAGCCAUUGAACAUCGACUGGAGUGAAUAUCAGAACUGGGACCUUGUACAGCAGACACAGAACUAUCUGAAGCUUCUGAUCUCCAUUAUCAAUAGUGAUGAUGAUGGUGGGCUCCUGGUUCACUGUAUAUCCGGAUGGGACAGGACGCCACUUUUCAUCUCUCUUCUGCGGCUCUCCCUGUGGGCUGAUGGGCUGAUCCACACAUCCCUGGAACCUGCAGAGAUUCUUUACCUGACAGUGGCUUAUGAUUGGUUCCUCUUUGGGCACAUGUUAACGGAUCGGCUCAGCAAAGGAGAGGAAAUUUUCUUUUUCUGCUUCGAUUUUCUGAAGCACAUAACCUCUGAGGAGUUCUCUGCCGCUAAGCAGCUGAGAAGGAAGAGUCUGCCACCUGGAUUCACUCUGGAAGAAAUCUGUAUGCUAAAACAGAGGGACCGGGGCAGCACUACCAGUCUGAGCAGUGACUUUUCUCUUGUAAUGGAGAGUUCACCUGGAGCUGCAGGAAGUUUCACUUACGAAGCCGUGGAAUUGAUGCUAACAGGACCUCAGACCCAAGCUUCUUGGAGGAAAAACUGUGCAUCGUCCCCUCAGGCAGUCCUGUGGAAUCGGACACAGCAACCUGAAGACAGGCUGCCAGUCCAGGGCACGCUUGACGCGAGGUCCUCCAGCUCCUCUUCUUCCAAUCAUUCAGAGAACUUCUCAAGGCUAGGCAGCAGCCCGCUAGAAGUCCCUAAAACCAGAUCAGCUGACCUUUCUCUUCCCGGAUCCUCCAUCUCUACCGACUUUGGCAGCUGGCAGCUGGUAACAGGGAGUGGCAGUAUACAGGAGCAGACUGACUCCUCCUCUCUUUCCAGCUUCCCGGAUGAGCUCCCUAACAGUUCCUUGGAGUUCCAUCAGCUAAUCAAGCAGUCGCGAUGGGGAAGCUGGAAGAUGAAUUUCUCACUCUCUCCUGACUCCUACAUUUGCAAAGCUGGCAGGAUAAAUAGCAAGCCCAGUUGGCUGCCUUUCUGGUUGGACUUCUGUUUUUGUUUUUAAUCCGAGCCUACCACCGUAUCCCCUUGCUGCUCUUUCCGGACUGGAAGCUGCUGGCGGUGGGUGGUUUUCUACUGCUUCCAUUCAAAUUAACAGUGCCGGUUUCUAGCCUGUGAAACCCUGGGGAGAUGAAAGUGAAUUUUUGAUGGGCAGGUUUGUGCCAUGCCCUUGGGAUGACCUCUUUGGAGGAAGACCUGAUUCUCUUUGAGAGAAAUAAGGAAGAGGUGUAUCUUCAAGCACAGUAAAGAUGUCUUUUUUUCGUAAGACAUUCAGAGCAGAUGCCUUUGAACUAUAAUCUCCCUUUGCGCUUCUCUCAUCU